UUAAAACUUGGUUUGUGAAAGAUAUGCCAGUUUUGGCAUCAUAAUUUCUUCAUAAUUCGUAUGAGUUUGUCUUUCUCCUCUCCUUUUUUUUUCUUUCUCUCUUUUAUUUUGUGUGUUGGGAAAUGAAUGUUUCUGAGUUGUUCAAAGAAAGUAUGACAUUGCUUCUGUUGGUCUCGUGAUUCUGAUGCAGAAUCAGAAUCAUGGCUACUUUAAGGGAUACUGAAGGGUCUCCAUCUCCAACACACCUAGGCAUCAGAGCUACUUUGUCAUUUUCCUAGUGACUUCUCUCUUAUAUGAGCAUAACCUUUGCUUGCUUCUAAUGUUGAAGUUAAAGAAACCAAUGCAACUCCUCUUUCCCUUUUAAGCCUUUGAUCACAUUCACUUCUCAGUCCAACCUUACCUGGCUUUCUGCAACCAGAUCUUGAAAGGUACUUUCUUGGCUGAAUAUCCUGAAAUGGGAGACCCUGCAGACCAAUCCUCAUCAAAUCCUGCGACUGAAUUGCGUGGGGAUGAAUUCUGGCCACUUUCAGGGAAACCUUUCUUUGACAUCAUACUCACAAAAUCACAUGUGAACCCCAAAUGUCAAAUGUCAAUCCCAUCCAAGAUACAUCCACUACUACCAUCCUGUUCAGUCCCUAUAGUUCUCACAUUUGCGGGCAGGACUUGGGAAAUGACAUGCAAUGCAGCCAAAAAGACCUCACAAGUACGUGUGGAUUCACUGUCAUGGAAAGCAUUCGUCGACGACAACAAUCUGAAGGUCGGAGAUGGGUGUGUGUUUGAACUCAUGGAGUGCAGCAGCACGAAGCUGAUGUUUAGAGUCCAAAUUCUCAGAGGUGACAUCCCGGCUGAACUUGUAGACAAGUACAGCGGUGAGGAUGCAGCGAACCCCUUUGUGAUUUAAAUUUGAGGGCAUUGCCAGUAUAAUUUGAAUUGCGGAUUGUGAUUCAAUAAUCUAUCUUAUCUUACUUUGGAGUUAAAACUCUGUUAGAGCCUUUUAUUGUGCUACCCUUGAACCUUGACAAAUGACAACUGUGUUCAUGUGUGGGCAUAUGAUUUCUCUUGUGUGACUACCAACAUUAACUUUCAAUAACCUAUCU